AUGCCGAAGGACAAGAAGAAGGACCUGAUGUCAACACAGGCGGCAGACAAGGGACUCGGGACAAGGACUUCACACGGUGGCUUUGAAGUGGACCAGGAAUCUUUGCGGCACCGGCCGCUAUGGCUAUGGGCGACUCUCCGAAGGAGUUGGGGCCACGACAUCGAAGAUUUGCAAGAACUUGCAGAUAAUUCGGUGAAUGUUCUGGCGCCUGAAGAAUUUGCUUUGCUCUUUGGACUUGAGUCUCGUUUGUCUCCCGACACAAACCGCAGCUGCGAGGCUGGCCAUUCGAUGUUCGAUGCCAUGACACAUGCGAGUGAUUUGAAGGCGAGCGAAGUGGAGCAGAUCUUGUUGGAAGUGGAAGCCCGCUGUGGUGUGACCUUCAACCCCGUCGUGCGGAUCAAGCUCUGGAAGGCAUUGAGAUAUCAAUGGUUCCGAGGGCCAGGGAAAGGCGCGCGUCGGAUUUCAACCAGGUGUUGUCGACAAAUUCGCAUUUGCCCCCCCUUGGAGUGGCAAGAGCAGGAUAGCAAGUUCAAGUUCGGGGACCUGGAGUCGGACCGGCAGAGGCAGGUGGUCCGAAAGAUCAAGCAAUUGGCUCCUGGUGAGACCGGCCAAUCAUUGCAGACCUUCCAAUUCGAGGUCUACACCCGCAGCCCAGAUCUCAUCUACGAAUACCGGGAUCUUGAACGAUGUGUUCAGGAAUGGGAGCGCCGCAAUCCCCGUUCCAUGAUCCAGGAGGACAUGAGAGAAGAAGUGAUGCGGAUGCGUUUGAAAGGCGUAGUUGAUUCGGCCAAUGCCAGUAUUGCGGUCCGGCGAGCACGGGCGGCGAAGCUCAAGAACUUCUCCUCGACCUUGAUCGUCAUGCAGCUUGUGAUGUUUUCACUCUGUAUGUUGAUGCUCUUGACAGCCUUCACUUCAUUGAACAACACACCACCUCAGAGCCUUGGGUCUUGCAAUAUGAGGGGUAAACAAUUCCUGUCUGCGAUGGUGUUUUUCACAGCCUCCAUCGUCGCUGGGGCGGUCUCGGAGCGUGCCAAGCAAGAUCCUUUGAUCCGAGAGCUGAAAAAGACGGUCCUGAGCUGUGAGCGGCUCAUCGAGCGGAUCAGCGAUUUCCGCAUCGCAACGGAAGAGCUCCGCUUGCAAAAAAAUGAGGCUCGAAAGAAAGGCGUGCCAGUUGGACUGAACCUGAACGUCUCGCAAGAGACGCAUGGCAGCAGUCAGAGGGAAGUGUUCAGUUGCUCGCUAUUAAAGCAAAAUGCAUGUGAGUACCAAAGGGCCAGGAAGAAGAAGAAGGAGAAGGAUGCAGCCCUAGAACUUUGGGCUCCUGACGCUGGCAAGUUGGAUGGUCAAGAGAUCCAGAUGAUGCAGAAGCAGCUUGCGCAUAGCUUCAGGCGUUUGCCUGCGCCGGGUGGGGAGUUCCAGCGUCAGGGCGGCGACCGGAUGCGCAGCUUCCACCAAAGCCUGGGCGGCGUGGCGGAAGAUGAGAUGUGUGUGCAGAUCACCAGCAAGCAGCAGCAGAAACGGCAGGCCUAUGUGGAGAAGCUCAAGGAACAAGCUCUGGCAAAAAUGCCCAAGAAUCCACCGCCACCUGCGUUGGCGAUGAAUGCUGCCAAUAGGGAGAGACGGGUGGGUGAGGGGCUUGGGUGGGAGAGUGGAACGUGGCGGAGAUUCACCCAGAUUGACAAGAAUCCCAAAGCCGCUGGAACAUGA